UGUGUAUGUUCCCAAAGAUAGAGUCACCAACCUUCAUCAAGGAUAUGGCUUUGUGGAAUUCCGAAGCGAGGACGAUGCAGAUUGUGCAAUAAAAGUUCUGAAUAUGAUUAAACUUUAUGGGAAGCCAAUAAGAGUGAAUAAGGCGUAUCAAGAUAAAAAGAGCUUGGAUGUUGGAGCUAACCUUUUUGUGGGAAACCUCGAUCUUGUAAGAAAUUUGAUGCACUCGAAUGAUGUGGAUGAGAAACUUUUGUAUGAUACUUUCAGUGCAUUUGGAGUCAUUGUUACAAAUCCCAAGGUUGUUGAUUCACUUAGUAGUUGUCCCACUGUUUGGCCAAUGUCACAUCAACAACAAUCUCAUGCAUUUUCAUCCCAAGAGGUUCACCUUUCAAA